CAUACCCCAUCUGUCCUCAUAACCCUCACUCCCAAUCCUUUUUCUUUUACCUUUAACUCACAAACUCCCAACUUCUCUCCGCCAUGGCCGACAACCGCCCUCCCACCGUUGCCGCCCUCUUCCGCCGUUUCCAAGAACACGCCCCUAACUCCCCUCAACUCAUCGGCUUCCUCACUCUCUUCAUCUCCGCCUCCAUCCUCAUCUUCCUCACCGGCCUCACCCUCACCGCCGCCGUCCUCGCCCUCAUUUUCCUCACCCCCUUCAUCCUCCUCACUUCCCCCAUCUGGCUUCCCGUCGCCUUCUUCCUCUUCCUCGCCACCGCCGGGGUCUUGUCCCUCGGUGGCCUCGCACUUGCUGCCGCUGCAGGUUUCUCCUGGGCUUAUAGGUACUUCAAGGGCAUGCACCCGCCCGGAUCCGACCGGCUCGAGUACGCGAGUCGGCGAAUCUACGACACGGCAAGCCAUGUGAAGGAUUAUGCUAGAGAAUAUGGAGGGUAUUUGCAAAGUAAGGUGAAAGAUGCAGCUCCUGGAGCUUAAUUUUAAUUAAUUAAUUAAUUAUAAUUUCAGUUGCGGCUAAAUUUUUGGUUUUUUUUCCUUCCCUACCAGCUGAGGGCUGAGUUGUCUGAACCGGGUUUUGUUUGGUUUUUAUAUGUUAGUGUGUUAUGGUUUUAUAUGAUAAUUAAGCGGAGGAGGAUGAGGAGGAGAAGAUUUUUGUAUGUUAUAUAUGCAUGCGAAUAAUACUGCAUGGCGGAUUAUUUUUUCCUUUUUUUUUCUUUUUUUUCUUUUUUGCCUUCUAAAUAAAUUAAGAUUUUAAGCAAAUUAAAUGGCCCCUUUUUUUCUUUAAUUUUUAGUGUGUGUGUGUGUGUGUGUAUAUAGAAGAAUAUAUAUAGGUUUUUUUUAUUGAAAUCUACCUUUGAAAAUUGUUGUUGAACAUUUUGAUUAUAUUUUGGCAUUAUUGUGUUUAUUAGGUAUUUAAGAGUUUUUUUAAAUGAUAAUUAUAUACUAAGUAGUACUUCUUUGGACUAUUAACUAGUGAUUGAUUUAUUAACUAGUGAUUCCUUAUUUUUUAUGUUUCGUUCUACAAGACUAGGGAGUUAGGGAGAGGGAGGGCACUACAUUGCACCUUGAGUUUUUAGGUCACAACUUCUGGGCUUCGAUGUUCUCAACUCACUCUGUCCCAAACGACAUAAGUGAUUUUCAAAGACACCAAAAUCACUUCCUAAUUUUUGGGGGAAAAAAUCAAUUCUAUUUGGUGGUUUUUUCCCCUUCCAAAAAGAACAAUAGAGAAUAUUUCUCUGUGGACGGCUUCUUCGAAACCAUAGAUAAGUUUAAUGAGUUGACGCUUUACAAAUUAGGAAAAAAUAGAACCUCUCUUUAUGUUGGUAAAAUCCAGCUAGUGAUGGGAGGCUGCAAUGAUUGAAUGGGUCCUAAGACAUUCUCUUCGGUUGAUCUACCACUACAAGAAUAUAGUAUUUUUCCAAAGUCCGGAAUAUAGCUGAAAACACGUCGGAAGAGAUCUCUCAACAAAUAUUAUCUCGUCGGGAGAAUAGUCGAGAAAUAGGUGUCGGGAGUCGAUACUUCCAACAUGGAACGCUUAUUCAUUGAGAGUUUGAAUAAACUCCUGACGAGGUAUAUAUAUGAUGUCGAAAGUUAGUAUUUCUAGACAAAGACAACGACACUUCUCUGAUGAUUAUGAAUCAUUUUUUUUAUUGCAUUUUAUUGACUAUUUUAUUUUAACAUCUUGGAUGUUUUUUGUGUUCUAUUUUAGCAUUUGUAUCGUAUUUUUAUACUAUUGUCGUUAACUUGUAUAGAAAAAGAAAACGCAUCUUCAACAUAUCAGUAUUC